GGGAUUCCAGAGUUACUGCCUAGGCCACCGAGAGCGAGCCUUGCCACAGAUGGAGAGUUCUUCGUGACCCUCAAAGGCAACACUGUGCCCCCUUGGUUGAAGGUUCAUAGUCAUCCUUUAGUCCAGCGUCUCUUAGGUCAAUCUGACAGGCUAGGCGUGGAGCUUAAGGCUGAAGCCUGUGGCUUUGCAUGGGGGAGAGACUGCGUGAUGACACAGAGCUGCCCGGGCACAGCGCAGAGCCCUCACCCACGGUUUUUAGUUUUGUUCUCCCUUCCCCAGGUAAGGCCGACCUCCCAGCAGUUAGACGUCUGAGCUCUGCCACAGGCAUAGGGAUGUCUAUUGCUACAGUUGUCUCCGACAUCCGGGGCUUCCGGAGUGCAGGCUGGAGCAGACGCUGCAGCAGAAGCAUGCCCAGGAACAUGCCUAGAAGGAGCUGGAAAAAGCCUCAGCCCCAGCUAUGCAGUUUUCAGGGUAGAGUUUGGCCUCUGUCCUCAAAUCAACCCAAAGCUCCGUUGCUCAGGUCUCCCUUACUGGCAGGGCAGGGGCAUACUGGGGAAGGAGUCCAUUCUCAUGUCGUGGAGUCUUCCCUGGGUUCAGGCGGGGAUGGUGUGUGUGUGUGUGUUGGUUGGUUGUGAGUCAUGUUGGUAGUCCCCAGAAGAGAGCAGAUUAAAGGAAUUCGGGAGGUUGUGCCUGGACAGAGCCAGUGAGCAGACAUGAAAGGUCUUGGGGGAAUCGCACUGCCACCCCAGAACUCACUCUGUGUGGGAGGCUCUCAGGAAUUUGGGCUCCCUUGCUGCGGUAUGGCUGAGGAUGGGGCAGUCAUUGGCCAGGUUUGGGCAGGACCAGCCAAGGGACAGAGGUUACAACCUCUUCUUCCAUCUUUCCUGAACCCCAGCAAUCCCCAGCACCCCUAAGAGAUGCUGAGCCAGGGAGUCGCCCCCAGCCCCUCGGAGGGGCGGGGUCAGAGGAUGUGGGUGUUCCUCAGAUUGAGGAGUGCUUUCCACCCCCACCCGCCACUGUCCCAACUGCAAUUGCUUGGGUGUGGGUGGACAGGGGCUGGUAGGCAGAAUGUGGGCAGCCUGGACAGGUGGUGGCCUGGCAUUAGUCUGUGCCAGGAGAGGCACCUUGCCCUCCUCUCAUUCUGAAGAAAGGCUGUUCCCGAUUGUCCUCCAGGCUUGGACCUGAGUUGGAGAGGCUGAAAGCACCUUCCUCAAGGUUUUAGCCGGAUGACUUUUGAGGAGAUCUUCACACACCUAGGUUCUGAGAGUAACACACUGUGGCCUGGGGGUUCCCGAGACCUGUCUCCCAGCUUUGGUUUGCUAGUGGUUUACAGUGUGGCCCCACCAAGUCUUACCACCAUUUUAAGCCUCACACUUCUUAUGGUCAAGUAGGGAGCUCUGAUAUGGCAGAAGGAAGUGGCAGCCACAGGGAAAGCCAGGGGAGUUUUGCAGGGGAGUCAGGCACGGAGGAAAUGCAAGCAUGCAAGAAUGUUUUCUGUAAGUAUUCCUGACGCUAGGGUACAUACCGGGGAAGAAUCCCGAGGAGUGUCAGCAUGUCUCCCUUCUGCAAGUUUCCAGGGCAAUGAGAUAUAAAUAAAGAUCCUUGAAAUUUAUUUAGAAACUCAAGACCGAAGUAAUAGCUAAGAAAUAAAAAAUAAAAUAGUGCUGCCGUUCCUAGAGGGACAUUUUCUUCUUCCUUGGGGUCGGAAGGGCGACACUGGGGUCAGUUCUUGCAGUGACUGUGUUUUUCCACCCUCAGCCGAGGAAGAACCGAUGCUGGAACAGCGCUGCAGGGGCCCCGUGGCCAUGGGUCCAGCCCAGCCCCAGCUCCUUUCUGGGUCCUCCCAGGAGUUCUCCCAGCCCAACAGAGGGUUGAGGUACCAGGGCAAGUCAGUAGCUCGGCCAGAAGGCCAAGCCACAGGCAAGGCCCAUCGUUGCGCCCACUGUCGGCGCUGCUUCCCAGGCUGGGUGGCCCUGUGGCUUCACACUCGGCGGUGCCAGGCCCGGCUGCCUCUGCGGUGCCAGGAGUGCAACCAGCGCUUUCGCCACGCCCCCUUCUUAGCGCUGCAUCUUCAGGUCCAUGCCUCUGCCAUCCCUGACCUGGGUUUCACCUGCCACCUCUGUGGGCAUAGCUUUCGAGGCUGGGUAGCCCUGGUACUGCACCUGAGGGCUCACUCAGCUGUGAAGCGGCCCAUCACUUGUUCCGAAUGCGACCGACGCUUCUGGCGACAAAAGCAGUUUCGAGCUCACCUGAGGAGAUGCCACCCCCCUGCCCCUGAGGCCCGGCCCUUCAUAUGCGGCAGCUGUGGCUGGAGCUUUGCCCAGUGGGACCAGCUGGUUGUUCACAAGCGGGUGCACGUGGCUGAGGCCCUGAAGGAGGCAGCAUCCAAGGCCCUGGGCCCCAGACCCCGAGGCCGGCCUGCGGUGACUGCUCCCAGACCCGGCGGAGACGCCGUGGACCGCCCCUUCCAGUGUGCCUGCUGCGGCAAGCGCUUCCGCCACAAGCCCAACCUGAUCGCCCACCGCCGCGUGCACACUGGCGAGCGACCACACCAGUGCCCCGAGUGCGGGAAGCGCUUCACCAACAAGCCCUACCUGACCUCGCACCGGCGCAUACACACGGGCGAGAAGCCCUACCCGUGCGCCGAGUGCGGCCGCCGCUUCCGCCACAAACCCAACCUGCUGUCGCACAGCAAAAUCCACAAGCGCUCCGAGGCGUCAGCGCAGGCCACACCCGGCGCUGGGAGCCCCCAGAUGGCAGCCGAGCCCUUGGCUCAGCCUGCACGCGGGGCGCCCCUGGGGUCCCCGUGGGCCCCGGCCGAGGCCCCUGCGCCCCUGCACAGCUGCGCCGACUGCGGCCGCAGCUUCCGGCUGGAGCGCUUCCUGCGGCUGCACCAGCGGCAGCACAGCGGCGAGCGGCCCUUCGCGUGCACCGAGUGCGGCAAGAACUUCGGCAAGAAGACGCACCUGGUGGCGCACUCGCGCGUGCACUCGGGCGAGCGGCCCUUCGCCUGCGAGGAGUGUGGGCGCCGCUUCUCCCAGGGCAGCCACCUGGCAGCCCAUCGGCGUGACCACGCCCCAGAGAGGCCCUUCGUGUGCCCCGACUGCGGCAAGGCUUUCCGCCACAAGCCCUACCUGGCGGCGCACCGGCGCAUCCACACGGGCGAGAAGCCCUAUGUGUGUCCGGACUGUGGAAAAGCCUUCAGUCAGAAGUCCAACCUGGUGUCGCACCGCCGCAUCCACACAGGCGAGCGGCCCUACGCCUGCCCCGACUGUGACCGCAGCUUCAGCCAGAAGUCCAACCUCAUCACACACCGGAAGAGCCACAUCCGGGAUGGCGCCUUCUCUUGCGCCAUCUGCGGCCAGACCUUUGACGACGAGGACCGACUCUUGAUGCACCAGAAGAAACACGAUGGCUGAGCGACGCCGUAGCCCUAGGGAGACAGGCCUAGAUGCCCUUGGCUACAGCCUGUCAGUGGCCCCGGUGGGUGCCUGCACUGGCGCUGCUGGAGACAGGUAGGGAUCCCAGAGGGACAGAGGAGGCAGUGUGAUCUGGGCUCUGUUUAGGAAUGGCGUUUCCCCGGGUGGCCAGGGAACCCAUUUUAGAAUUCAGGGACCUGGCUUUGAGCUAGUCGGCCCCCAGCUGGUUUUUCUAAGGGUCAUCUCAGACUGCCCUGUACCCUGGAAAAAUAGCAAUAGCAGCCCCAUCUACCCUUUGAGUCCUCUGCUAGAGGAGCUACCAGUGGGAAGGGGGCCCCCCAUCCUCUGGUGUUAACGCCUUAACGUCCCCGCCUUUACUAUGAGUUACUUCAGGUCAUUUUUUGGGAGUAGGUGUGAUCGUUAGUAAAUGAGCCCUGGGGCAGGGAAGCGGACCUGCUGGAUUCAUGUUGGUGGACCUGCCGGCUCCUUAGGUAGCGGGGAGAGGGGAAGCUGAGCUCACUCUUUCUUUCUUUCUUUCUUUCUUUCUUUCUUUCUUUCUUUCUUUCUCUCUCUUUCUCUCUCUCUCUCUUUCUCUCUCUCUCUCUCUCCAGCACCCUUCUGCAAUGCCCUGCAUAGGUACCCAGAUAUGUAGAGGUCCAUCCAUGUUUGGCAAUGCCAUGUUCUACCUGCAGGUUGUUCUCCCAGGACAUUUAUUUACCCCUUCAUCUGCUGGCUUUAUCUGCCCUCUCUCCCCAAGUGUAGGGCUUCCCUGGUGGUUUUGUUUAAACCCUUGACCCUCCCACCUCUUUCCAUAGCGCCAGGAGUUAUGUGAAAGAGUAGUGCCUGAUGCCGGGGGUUUGCCGCAGGGAAGGUUCUGGCAGAUUUCCCUUUAGGGUGUCCAGGAUGUGGAUGCCAGCCUCCAUCAUGCACCUGGGUGCUGGGCACUCUCACCCCCAGAGGCGCUGGUUCUAUUGUAGGGUGACUAAUUGUUAGAAUUCUUACUUAUAAUUACUGGAUUCUGCUUUCCUAUGACUUCUGCCUACCAGGUCAUGUUUUCUUUUCUGGAUCAAAACAGAAUAACCAUUUACCUUCCUUUCAAACUAGAGAAUAAAGAUUUGGUUUUAGAACUA